AUGAGAUAUUGUAAGAGAGUAUUAUAAUAUUAUUAAUUAAUUAUAGAAAUAGAUGAAUGAUUAGAGACAGAUUUAACAUUCACUUUUGAGUUAAAAUCUCACUUAUUAAAAAAGCAUUGAUCCAAAAACAUGGAAUGAUCAUGUCUCAAUUAUGAUAUAUAAUAAUAGAAACUAAAAAUAUAGCAAUUUGAAUAACUUUUUUACUUAGUGA